AUGUGUCCCUUCCGCCACCACGCAACCAUAUUUGGAGUUGCUAUUGGCUUUUAUGUUGCGCUGGCCUCCGCCGACCAGGGAACCAAUGUUGUCGAAAUGGACUUUUCAGCGGUCCCGACGACGCAGGUCUUCGGCACGCCUGUCCCGAAGACCUGCGACCAGCCCGGGCAGGAGGUGACCGUAACUGUAGAACAAGGGAGAGAGAGUGAUCCGUUUACAUGCAGCUCUUCAGUAAGGGCGACAUUGACUCCAGAUGACGCAUCAAAAAACCCGACAGAGGGGAACACGUUCACGAAGGCCCAGUGCAACGAUCCGCAGCCCUUGAGCAGGGUCUGCACGGGCGGCUCCCUAGUGAAGGGCGGGGACGGCGACGCAGAAACAUUCACUCUGAAAGUUCCACCGUCUGGAUGUAACCCACAGACUCUAUACUACUGCUGCGAGUUCAGUGACCAGCUCAGCCGGGCGAAUGAUGCGCAUCCAGACGAGCCUCUCUCAAAGAAAGAGCCAUGCAGGAUCAAGAUCGAAAUUAAGCCUGCCUCCACUCCGACGGUAGCCGACGCCGACUUGAACCCUCCCAGGGGGGGGAAGAACAGGACGCCCAACAACCCCAAGUGGAGAAGACCCCGGAUGAUGGGCAGGCUGCGAAUGGCGAGCAGGAGCAACCCCAUCACGAGCAGCACCAACAGCAGGAACAACAGGACGGGUCAGAUCCGCCUGUGGACGAGCCGUCUGGCAAACCGUUUGAAUGCGACACCGGUGUCCAGUCGGCAACUGCAUCGUCAGAAAACGCUCUUGUAUUCAAAUGUGGAAAAGGCCUGGUGCUACGACCAGAUGAGCUCUCACAAGUAUACAAGGACGCUGAGGGGAAGUGUGGGACACCUGUGGCUUUGGCGGAGCUCGUAA